AUGGAUUUUUAUUAAGAGAAUUAAUUAACUAAAGAAGCGGAAUUAAAAAAAUAUAAAUAUUAAGAAAAUGAAUCAUUUGAUUAAGUUGAAAAGAAUUAAGAUAGAAGUUCAUUAAAAGAUAAUUCUAAAUAGAAUUCUGAAAAAAAUAAUAUCGAAAAGACUAUAGAUGAUAAUAGUUAAUCAAAUUUAUAAAUGAAUAAUAAAUCAUACCAAAAUGGUUAAUAACAAAAUUAUGUUGACUUUUAAGAAUAAUAAGAUAUAUCAACUCAUCCAUAUCAACCUAAAACAAAGUUCUCUGAAUUAAAUAAAUUGUAAAUUCCAUUUUAUUGUCAUGUUAAUAAAAUGAUAAAUUAUUCAAUUGAUGAAGAAGAAAAAUAGUAAGAAGUAGAUUUUCAAAAUGGAAAAUAUAAAGAGGAUACAAGUUCAGUUACAAAGAAUAAGUUAUUUUUAGAUUCAGAAUCAACUUAACCAACUUAAAAAUUAUAAAUUGACUAAUAGCAAGACUAAAAUAUAUAAUAUUAAAAGUCCUUUGAUGAAGCCACAUUUCUUAAAAAUUAAGCAAGUCAAUCAUAUAAAUAAUAAAAAUAUGAAAAAGCAAUUGAGUAAUAUAAUUUAGCUUUAGGAUUUUGUGAUCCUCAAUUCUUAAUAAGAUGUCCUCAAUAAUUAUUUGGAGAGUAUUAAAAAUUAAGAAUUUCGGUUAUUUUGCAUUUAAGUUCAUGCUACCUAAAUAUAGGGAAUCUGAAGUAAUGCAUUUAUCAAAUGAAUAUAGUAUUAUCAUGAUUUAAAUAGGCAAUUUAACUUGAUCCACUUAACCCAAAAGUAUGGUACAAGAGAGCUAUAGCACAUCAAUUACAAUACAAUUAUGAGGAUGCUUAUAAAGAUAUAGAAGAGGCUUGGAAUUUAGUUAAAACUACUACUUAAGACCCAGAUAUAUUUAAUAAAAGGAAAGAAAUUUUAAAUUAAAUAGAUAGUUAAUGUUCCUAAUAGUCAGUCUAUAAUGGAAAAUUAAGUAAAAUAAAUUAAUUAGAAUCCAUAUCAUUACUAAGUGAUUUAAAAAAAACAAAUUCUAUUACAUCUAAUUUGAUCAUUGGAAAUAGAAACAUGAAUUUUGCAAAUAUUAUUUUUAAAAUUACUACUUCAACUAUUUUAGCAUCUUGGAUAACUAAAUAUUUAUUAAAAGAAAAACUGUUAUCAAAAAAUGGACUAAUAAAAGCAUUAACAAUCUUUUUUACAACAGCUUCAUAUAUCAUGGCUGUUAAAAAAUGGUAGUAAUAUACUUUAACAACAAUUACUUUAGGAAUUUUGGUAAUUGGUUUAAAAAGAAAAAGAAGGGUAUGA